AUGCUACUUCCUGUAGACAUACUUUUGUUUGGCCGAACGGAACAGCUGUCUGGAGGCGGAUAGAACCAUAUCAUUAGGAAUUAAUAGGAUCUCUAUGAAUAGAAGUUACUGGUCUUGCUGUACUACUUUUGUGUUCAGUGGCACUCAUCAAGAUGCUGGCGCUAAUUAACAGACUUUUGGACUGGUUUAGGUCUCUCUUCUGGAAAGAAGAGAUGGAGCUCACGUUAGUUGGACUUCAGUACUCCGGGAAAACCACCUUUGUCAAUGUGAUAUCAUCUGGUCAGUUUAGUGAAGACAUGAUUCCCACAGUCGGCUUCAACAUGCGGAAGGUUACCAAAGGCAACGUGACGAUUAAGAUCUGGGACAUAGGUGGACAGCCUCGCUUCAGAAGCAUGUGGGAGAGGUACUGCCGAGGAGUCAAUGCCAUUGUUUACAUGGUGGAUGCAGCAGACCGUGAGAAGGUAGAGGCUUCCAGGAACGAGCUCCACAACCUGUUAGACAAGCCUCAGCUACAAGGCAUCCCUGUUCUAGUGCUUGGUAACAAGAGAGAUCUUCCCAGUGCGCUUGACGAGAAGCAACUCAUCGAAAAGUUGAAUUUGUCAGCCAUCCAGGACAGAGAAAUCUGUUGUUACUCUGUUUCCUGCAAAGAGAAGGACAACAUAGUUUUAUCCCAUCUUCAGAUAUCACUCUGCAGUGGUUAAUCCAGCAUUCCAAGUCUUGAAGAGUGUAGGUCCAGCCUGCUUCUGUGUCCUCCUUGCUGCCUCUGAAGUGGUUCUCUACCGCCCUGUCUACUCUCAACCCACCGCCACAUUCUGCACCGUUUGUGUAGUCUUCAAUUCACCACCACAACACCAACCACUGCUUACACUGCUUAGUCUUUCAGUUGUCACAAUACAGUGAUGAAGGACAGCGGAGAGUACCUACUCAUCAUACCUGUUUUCAGUGGAGAAGUUCUACGGGUUUGUGUCCAUCCUUUGGUUUUAACGCUACUAACUGGGUUCAGAGAGUCUCAUGACCUCCCAGCCCACCGGCAUUAUAUCAGUUUGACUCUGUAUUUAGGUGGUGGAAUCCAGUCUCUUCAUUCAGUAUCUACUCCAGUUCAAUGUCCCCAUUUGGUGUCAAUGUAAUAUUGUUUGAUUAUAAUUAAGGUUUUUGCCAAAACACAUCGCAUGUGUGAAUGCCUUUAUAUCCUGACACUGUGAUAUAUAUAUUGUACGUUAAUUGAUUUGCUGGUCAAUGGACAUAUUUAAUUAUGUAUUUUAUGAAGUGGUUUACAUGACAUGGAAAGUAAGACUGUAUGGAAUGCUGUAGUCUUGAGCUCAAUCCCAAAAGGGGUCUGCAGAGUUUAAAGUGCCUUCUGCAAAAUCUCUUUGAUUCCUGGAGCAAAUUAGCUAUUCAUGCAAGAAGAUGAUCAUCACACCAUACAGAUAUGCUGUACAUAAUGAAUGUUUUGACUUUUGACCCACGUCAUUUACUUAGUUGUCUCGGGACAUGUUCAUUCAACUCUGUAGAAUCCCACGUUAUUUAAUGCACUUGUGUAAAUAUGCUUCAAUAAUGAAAAGUGAUUGAUGUAAAUAGGAUGAAAUGUAGCUUGAUUUGAAGGGGAAGCAGAAAAACUGGAAGUUCGCCACAUUUAGUGAAAGAUGAAUAAUAAUGAUACUUUUCAGAUUGUAACUUCUUUUUGAGUGUCUGUCUCAUUGGUUACUCUUGAAUAUCAAGCCCACAGAGGGUCAUAUAAUUAAAUUGAUCAGAAAGCCAGCCAGUGUUACUCAUGGAGGUUAUGGCAGAUGAUGUCACUCAAUUCCUCACAAUGAUGAUCUGUCUCCCUCAUCUGUUGUCUGAGACAGUUUUACAUGGAUGCUUUGUCAUCUCUAAGCUUUUGCUUGAAUAAUGAUGUAUUUUGUGAAGCCUUACUGAUCCAAGGAAAAUGCUGCAAGCCACAAGAUGUCACCUGUCUUAGUUUCACAUGUUAUAUUAAAGAGUCAUUGUCAGUU